GAGACACCGAAUGUCGAAACCGGUUCAGAGUGAGUCCGUAUCGCUGGUAUAAAUCCAACGCUGUUGAGAAGGUGCACUCCCAGAAGGCGGCGUUGGUCGAUGGGACGAGUACAAUUCUCCAAACACGAGAGUGAGUGGUGGAACGCAAAGCGUUGGAAGGUGGGGUAACCAACCCCCUUCUCUAUCACCCGAGCACCCUCACCCCUCCUCUUGAGUCGCGCGCGCGGAGUCAAUCACUCGAUUCCAGCAGCGGAGACAACAAGAGGCCAUCUUCGCGCGUUCGCAUCUGCGGCGAAUUUCGCGAGAGACGGAGAGACAUCGUCACAAAUAAUCUCACCACGGCGCCCGCUCUUUCAAGGCAGAAGGAGACCCAACCUAAGACAUCAUCGUCAUCAUCGCUCAGGAGGAGGAACGUCAAGUGACGUGCGGCAGAGCGAUCAAGCGAGCGAGCGUAGUCCGAUGGUGGGAGGCAACCCCAUGGCGAACUCAUCCCUGCAGAUCGCCGGCAUGGCGGUGGGGUUCGUCGGCUGGAUCGGCAGCAUCGCCGUGACGGCUCUGCCGCAGUGGCGCGUCACCGCCUUCCUGCCCAACUCGGCCAACAUCGUGGUCGGCCAGGUGUUCUGGGAGGGCAUUUGGAUGCAGUGCGUCUCGCAGGCAACGGGCCAGCAGCAAUGCAAGGUCUACGACUCUCUGCUGGCGCUCACACCGGACAUGCAGGCGGCGCGCGGCCUCAUGUGUUCCGGCGUGGCCCUGGGCAUCCUGGCCAUCCUCAUCGCGACCCUGGGCAUGCAGUGCACGCACUGCGUCGAGAACGAACGCGCCAAGGCGUACAUCGCCGUGUCGGGCGGCUUCCUCUUCAUCAUUGCCGCCCUCAUCGUCCUCAUCCCCGUGUGCUGGACGGCCAACGCCAUCAUCCGCGACUUCUACAACCCCAGCGUGCCCGAGGCCCUCAAGCGGGAGCUCGGGGGAGCUCUCUACCUCGGCUGGGCGUCCGCCAUGUGCCUCGCGGCCGGCGGGGCGCUGCUGACCUGCUCGUGUCUCCGCAGCGACGCGGGCGGCUACAAGCCCCCCAUCAACAGGCGACUGUUGCCAUUGUUUUCCGGUUUCAUUGCUAACAACAACAGCGACAAUGUUGGUGGUGGUGGUGGUCACGGCGGUGGUGGCCGAGCGAGUGCCGCCAACAACAACAAUGCUCCCGGGCGCUCAUACUCGCUCAAAGAGUUUGUCUAGUCUCGUGUGCCUUUCUUUUAGUGGGAGGGGGGAGGGGGGGU